AAAACAUUCAUUCCUUUACAUAUCAAUACAACUUAUGUUUGGAUUUACACAAGCGAUAAAUUUGUUUAAUCCCCAUAUUUUCGCUCUACUGUCCUCACUGCUUAAGACUCACAACAGAAUUGAAAUUUUCUGCCUAUAAAAGCAUUCUCGAGGUUUACUUGAAAUAUACCCUAAGUUUGCGAAGAGUAUUUGAGUUCUGAUAAAACUUUCAAAUAAAAUGGAUCUCGAUCAUGAAGUAAAUGAAAAUACAAUUCAGUCCGGUUGGCAACAUAUGUCUACUCAGCAACAGAAAAAUAUGAAUAGUUCUACAUCGAGCUUUGAAUCAAAUGAAAAGUCAUUAGAGCGUUCUGGAGUUCUUGGGAUUACAGAUUUACCAUCUGAAAUAAUUGAGUACAUUCUAAGAUUUUUUUCUUUUAGUGAGAUUGCUAAAUUUAGGAUGGUAUCACGAUACUUUAACCGUGUAAGCUCAUCCUUGUUGAACUCUGAAUUUAACCGUAUACAAAAUGCUGUGGACCGAAAGUUCAAAAGUAUUAAAGCCCAAAUGCCUAGAAGAGAAUCUUCUCGGCGAAAACAUCCAUUAGCUCGACAAAGUGAUAUAGUUGAAACAUUAUUAAUGAGGCUGUCAUUACUAAAUACGACAUUUGGGAAGCCAAUUAAAAGAAACUAUUGCUGUUUUUUCCCGGGUAAAGUAAGCUAUAUUUUUUCACAAUUUUUUAGUAACUUAAAAUUUACUUCUAAGAAAUUUUUUUAAUAUAAUUUACAUGAA